AAAUUGAAGUGAUUCUUUACUGUCAGAGAUGUCAACAAACAAAGCGCCAAACGGUGUAUGGUGGCGGUACUGUAGUUAGAUGGACAGUUCAUCAACAAAAUGCUCAAAACUCCUUUUUAUAUAAAUAGGCCAGGUUGAUGAGAAAGUUUCAAACUGCUGCGCACCACCAUGGCCAAAAAUGUGCCUCCACCACCUGGAUCUUCUCGUCAGAGUGGUAGAUCAGGCCGUGGCAGCUCCAAGAGAGGCAGGGGAGUAAAUGAUGAUGACUGGGGUGGUUUUGGGAAUUACAUGGACAUAAAGAAACAGAAACUGAGUGAUCAAUUUCGUGGAGCGAAUCAAAAAACAGAAAGUGGAAUAUUUGCCGGUGUUUCUAUAUAUGUCAAUGGUUACACAACCCCCUCAUCAGAUGAGCUAAAGCGAUUGAUGAGAGCACAUGGUGGUGUGUACCAAAUGUACCUCAGCAAGAGGAAAGUCACACACAUCAUAGCCAGCAACUUGCCUAACAGUAAAUUCCAUCUUGCAAAGCUGACUCCAGUUGUCAAACCAGACUGGAUUGUGGACAGUGUGUCUGCUGGCAGACGUCUGUCUCAUGUCCCAUACCUACUGCUCGGCAGCCAGUCGUCUCUCCAGCCAGGUCUCAAGUCCAUGUCUUCCAUAACCACGCUUUCUCGCUCUUCUUCCUCGGCUUCUUCCACCAACUAUGAUAUGACACGUCUGACAUCAAUUAAGUCACAUGACUGUUUAGACAGUGCAAGCAUCUCUGCUGCAGGUCAAGAUAGUUCUCAUGAGGCUUUACUGGCCAACGCACUCAGCACAUCCAGGCAGACAACGGAAAAAGAUGUGCCGGGACAAGACGAGCCUAAAGCCAACAUUGCUGUUUAUCCUCAUAAUUUUCACACAGGGGAUAGAAGUGAAGCAGGCAGUCCCUCUGGAGAGCAGGGGGUUGUGUCCCCAGCUGUUGAUUUAUCAAACAGGAGUAGAUCUCCAAAUGUCAGUAACAAUGACAACAAUUGUGACAAAGCCUUAAAACAGACUACCUCUAUUGAUGAAGAUGAUGAUGAUAUUGUUCUCAAUUCAGAAGACGAUGAGGAAGGGAGUUGUGAAAUUUUCACUCAUGCUCCCUCUCCACAAAAAUAUGACAGACCAAAUGAAGAAAGGAGGAAGUCUCGUGUGUACAAGAUCAGAAAAGGUAGUUCUGGUAGUAUCAAUUCACCGAAGAAAGAUGACACCAGAAAAUUUCAAAGUGAGAAGAUGCAAAGUGUAGUUCUAGGUCAGAGCCUUCAAGUGUCCACUGAUGUUUCCACUGUAGAUAUGGAGAAGACUUUACCGCAUACUAACGAACUCCAGACCAAGACCAGUGUAAAUGAUGAUGUUAAACUUAAGCUCAAGAAGGAUGGAGACACUCCCACACAGAAAGUGUCUGCCAGUGGCUUCAAAGGAAAAUCAAAGACAAUUGGUGAGAUUGAAUCAGCAUCACUUUUAAUACCCCAACAGCAGAUGUCAGAAGUCGGCUCGACGUCAUUACCAGUGGCUGUAAACUUUGGAGAGGCAGCAGUCACUGAACACAGCAGCGCUUUGCCUGUAGCUCCAAGUGCACCGUUAUGGUCUGCUGCAGGACUGACCCAUGACGUGGAUGAAGCAGACCCUCCUGAGAGGGACCUGCAAACAGUAUCUCUUACUCAGACAUCAACCUCAAACGGGAUCUCCGUGGUCAGCACAACAGUAAGACCUACCACUUUGUUGGCAUCAAACUCAGACCAAGGGAAGCCUGUCACCAUAGGAACGACAGCAUCUGCAGCAUCAACAUCUACUGCAACUAUUUCAUCAAAUUCAGUCAUAGAAUCAACUGUUCCAACUUCAACAGCAGAAUCGUCACCUUCAAAAUCUGCUGAAAAACAAAAGGCCAGUGGUUCCCCAUCAUCCCGCACUAUGUCCAGGGCUGGUGAGAAGAACUUCCUGUCAGAGUUUUACUCCAACUCUCGACUCCACCACAUCUCCACCUGGGGUUCAGAGUUCAAGGCCUAUGUGGCUGAAAUACAAAAGUCCGGAGUGACCUCUUUUCCUGGUCGAGACAGACUGCGACAGCUGCACGAAGAAAAUCUGUCAAAGCAGAAUCUAGGGGAUGUUGUAUCCACGUCUGCUCAGAGAAGGAAGAGUGAGAGGGUCAUCAUCCAUCUGGAUAUGGAUUGUUUCUUUGUAUCUGUCGGAUUACUGGCUCGUCCUGACCUUAGGGGUAAACCUGUGGCUGUGACCCACUCCAGGGGUCAAGGGGGCAGAGAGAACCCAGGGUCUGACCUGGCCUGGGAAAGAAGUGAGUGGAAGAAGAAGAGAGAUCCCGGCAGCUCCACGUCCAGUGAGCGAGUCCCAAGUGACAGUGAGCUUGACCCAGAAGAAGAGACAAAUGGAGGUCGGCCAGAGUAUGACAAGCUCAUCCCAGCGGGCGCUACAUCUGCUCAAACCUUCCACUCCAUGGCUGACAUUGCUUCCUGUAGCUAUGAAGCCAGAAAGGCAGGUGUGAAGAAUGGCAUGUUCAUGGGCCGAGCUCGCCAAUUGUGUCCAGAUCUUCAGACCAUCCAGUAUAACUUCGCCGAGUACAAUAGAAUUUCCCGCAUUUUGUACGAUGAAGUGGCGAGUUUCACGCACCACAUUGAGGCCGUCAGCUGUGAUGAGAUGUUCAUAGACAGCACAGACGUUUUAACCGACACGGGAGCAACCGCUGAGGAGUUUGCUCAACUGCUGCGGUCAGAGGUGAUGGAAAAGACUGGAUGUCCAGCUUCAGCUGGGAUAGGCCCCAACAUUCUUUUAGCCCGACUAGCCACACGCAAAGCUAAACCCUGUGGUCAGUUCCAGGUGAAGUCAGAUGAGGCACAGAUGUUUCUCCGAGACCAGGCUGUUUCCGACUUGCCAGGUGUGGGCUAUUCCAUGACGAGGAAACUUGCAAGGCUCAAAGUCUUCACAUGUGGUGACCUACAGUCCAUACCAGUCCCUGUCCUGAGGCAGGACUUCGGUCCUCGGACAGGCGAAAUGCUGCAUCGCUACAGCUGUGGUGAAGACGACCGUCAAGUCAAAGGAGACAAGGAGAGAAAGUCUGUUUCAGCAGAAGUGAACUAUGGCAUUCGCUUCACUCAGGAAUCUGACGCUGUGAAGUUCCUUCGUGAACUUUCUUUGGAGGUGAAGAAGCGGAUGGAUGCCAUUGGGGUCAAAGGUCGAUCCAUUACUCUGAAGUUGAUGGUGCGGCGGCCUGAUGCUCCGCCAGAGACUGCAAAGUUCAUGGGACAUGGCAUCUGUAACACUAUGAACAAAUCCAGCAACCUCCCAGUGGCGACUAACGAUGGUGACCUCAUCACCCGAGAGGUUGUGGCCAUGUACAGGCAUCAGAGACAAGCGGCAGCCGAUAUACGAGGGAUUGGCAUACAGGUGCACAAGCUGGAGCACCCAAUGAGCUCAGCACAGGCCAGGGUGAAUCGGGCAAAAUCUGGACUCGGGAGUAUUCUUCAGUUUGCAGUGGCUAAGCAAAAGACUGACCAAGCUGAAAAUUCUGCAGCCAACCUGAAAGAGGAUGCGUCUGCUACUGCUAGUGACAAGGGGUCUUUGAUAGCUUUUUCAGUUAGUUCCGAUUCUCCUAGGUUCACCACCAUUAGAAGUUCUGUCGCCAAAAUGGGUAGAGCAACAGCGACAAAAACUGAUGGUCAGCGUAAAGAUCAAACAAACAUGGCUUCUUAUGCCAAACCAGGAAGCAGCAAGACCCUCAACUCUGCUGGACAAAGAGGGAAAAACAACCUUGACCUGUUUCUGGCUGGAAGUAGCAAAGACGAUUCUCUGUCAAGACCUGGGACUAGCAAGGCUGAUGACACAGGUCAGAGAUCUUGGAACGGUGAUGGGAGAGGUUCUCCUCUGUCGGCUGCAGCAGGGACAACAGCCGGACAAGAUGUCUACCAGCUGUCUCUGUCUCAGAUUGACACGGAGGUUUUAGACGAGCUCCCACCGGACAUCGCACAAGAGAUACUAGGUAACCUUGAGGCGCAACGUCAGCGUCGACUCACAGCAAGACCCGAGAGGCCAGCCUCACCAAAGACUUCUACUGGUGUCUUGCCCACGAGGGAGAAUACAGCUCAUGCUGUGCGUUCUGGAUCAGAAGAUGUUUCGGCUCUCCCUUCUUUCUCCCAACUGGACAUGGACUGCUUCGAAGCUCUUCCAGCUCAGCUGCAGGAAGAAAUAAAAAACGAGUACUCACGACAGCAGGCAAGGACAGAGACUGGUCACAGUUCCACCGCUGGACACAAACAUCCAAUACAGGGAAGAUCCCAUCAGCAGAAGUCGCCCAUCAAGGCAUCGAAUACAUUCAAAGUUCCAACAUACACCAAGAGACGUGGCCGACCGCCGGGGAAGAGCAAGCUCAAGUUUGUGGACAGCAGACGAACUAAAGCACCUGUCCCUGUGCAGACACCAGUGAUGAGGCAGAGCAAUGGAAGUGGCACCACUGGUAAAGAUGAUGAUGACGUCAUUCUGGUCUCCUCCGACGGCCACAAAGGUCACAGUGAGACAAAUUGUGGCGACCUCAAUGUAGGUGGACACUCCUUGCGUUCUUCAGAUGAUGGACAUGCUACUACAUGUGGACCAAGUACCUCAACUCAUGUGACACAAGAUGAGAGAGGCAGUGAUAUAAAAGAGAUGCCAGUGACUUUAUGUGGUGCUCAAGGACUUGUGGACGUGCGGAAUUUGUUGAAGGAGUGGAUGGACUCUGUGCCAGUACCCCAAGAAGAUGACUUGGACCUGGUGAAGGAAUACCUGGCUACUCUUGUAGUACAGCACAACCUGGAGCAAGUGUUUUAUCUGCUCAAGUUUCUGUCCAGAGUGGUUAAGGAGCAGGGUAGAGCUGAGUGGCAGAGAGGGACACAGGAGAUCCGAACCCAUGUACAGAGUGUGGUGUGUGGACUGCACGGGGCGACUCUCAAGUUGAAAUGAUCACGAGGAGGUCUUAGUUUGAAUGAGAGAGAAAGAAAGGGACAGACAUAUUAACUAUUACAUUUCGCUACCCUAGAGUUACAAGUUAUAUCUGCUCAGUACCUAG